GCAUGCUGUCUGAGUUUCUGGUUACACACUGCCCUCAUGUGGACAGAAAAAGGUGGCAUUAUAAAGCAUUUUCAUUAAACUUUGAACCUUUGAAGACUGAAAUAACACCAGCAGUGCCUGCUGAACAGUUUCGACUGGUUGAGUUUUCCUUUUGCUUGCAUGUUAAAAUCUAGUUACAACUGAUGAAAAUACUUGAUCAAGCAUAGGAUGAGCUGGUAAACUUUGCGUCACACCAGCCUGAAUAAUUUGACAAACCCAGCCGAAUCCUCUGAUGAAAAGAUGGCGAAACCUGCAAAUGUCAAAAGCUGUAAAGAAUUGGAACAACUUUUUAAUGAAUAUGAAGAACAAAUACAGGAGCUGUGUCGUCUUUACGACAUACACCCAAAAAGCAAAAAAGGCCACAAAAGGAGACUGAAGGCCGCAGCAAAAGAGCUCAGAAAGCUUCUUAUAGAAACUGAAGAUCAGUCAUUCGAUGUCUCAUCUAUACUCACUACUUUAAAAUCAGGAACAGAAAUGAUAAAGAAAAUAAUACAAGUUCUAGAAAAUGAUUCAGAUCUUGUCCAGCCGUGUCGUGCCAGCAGUAUGCCCAGAGUUCUGUUUGAUACUGAAAAGAAAAGCAUUUCAUUUGAUGUAAUUCAGUAUGAUCAUAAAAUGAUGCAAUUUAUGAAAUACCUCAAAGUGAAUCACAAAGCAUCUCCCGUGAUCCAGGAACUGAUCCAGGAGCAGAUGUUUUAUAAAUUAAGAACUGCUUACUACAAAAUGGGCAUUGAUACAAAAGGUUGUGAGACCUGCACUGCAUUAGAGGAUGAUUAUGAAUGGGAAGUUAAAAUACCUUCAGAGGUCACAAAAGAUGCAAAUAUCAAGUACAGUGUCAGCUCCUCUGAAGGGCAGCAUGAAUGUUCAGAGACUGGCCUCCGCUGGCGGUCUGGCAGUGAUGUUAGUUUGGAGUAUCGGUUUGUUGACUGGGAAUCACUCAGUAAAGAUAUUACGGAAAACUACAUGCCAUGUGGACCUCUGAUGGACAUCACUGUAACCUCUGGCACCCUGGAGGAAAUUCAGCUACCUCACUUCGUCUGUGUAGAUUCUGAAUCUUCCUCGGAUGAUGCAGUGAAAGCUCUUCAUGUGAAGGAUGGUGCCGUUUCAGUGGAAAGAUUUGAAUUAAGCAGAUUCCAUGCCAAGCUUGUCAAUCCCACCUUCUCAUUCUUGGCAAUUAUUGCAAAUGUGCGUCAGUACCUCACCAUGAAAUUUCACUGUGAAACUUUGAUUUAUCGCAACAGAACAGCUCCCCUCAACCUUCAUGUGUACCUGAUUUUAAAGGAUCAAAAACUUAAGAAGGACGUGGAGGAGAAGGAGAAAAACAACAUGGAGAUAUUAAAACCAACUCCAGAUAAGCCCCUUAAAAUCGAUGACAGUUAUACCCUGAAGACAUCUUGUGACUCCGAAAUCAAACCUUUGAGUUUAACACUGACACCCUGCAAGACCAACUUCUUUGAUUUAUACAUUCAAGAUGCAAAGGAACGUCUUGAACUCUAUAUAAUGACAAAAGAGGACAAAAAAAUAUGGGAUGUUAAUAUAGAAUCAGGUAAAGAACCCACAAGAACUUGCAAAACUCUCUGCAGAUCAGCUCUUUAUCUUUUAUAUUUAUUUAUUUUUUCAGAUGAAUUCAACAUGAACAGUUCAGUCUCUGACUGCAGGCAGACGACUUCUUCAACGAGUCAUCCAUCUGCAGACACUAACACAGCACAGAAACAAGCAAGAUUCAAAAAUGGUGCUGAGUUUGUGAAGAAGCACAGGACAGAGUUGAUCAGAAGGGUCUCACUGGUGGAGCCCAUUGCAGAUGACAUGAAACCUCUGAUUGGUGAUGAAAAAUACGGAAUCAUCUUAAAUUUAAAAACACCACAUGCACAAAUGAGAAAGCUUCUGUCCUUCCUGACAACACAUAAACUAAAAGAGAAACUUUAUCAAAGUCUUUUAACACAUGAGCACUCUGUUGUUGAAGAUUUGGAGCAUUCUGAGUAGAUGCUCUUCCAUGCAUCAGAAGAGUGAAUUCAUUAUGGUUUAUUAUUAUUUUACAGCAGACAGGCCAUUAAUCAUAUAAUGUGGUCUGGAGCACAAUGAGAUGUGCAAUUUGUACAUUGUCUACUACACACUUCUUGGAAUAUACACUUCUGAUUGGUUUACAUACAGAGCUGCAAAUAUUAUAUAUAUAUAUAUAUAUAUAUAUAUAUAUAUAUAUAUAUCACAUGCCUUGAAACUGUGAUUUACUUUUUGUGAGAGAGUCAGUGCAACUCACUACCAAAGAUGAAAAGAUUGAACAAUAUGAAUAAUUUAAAUACAUUUACACAGCAAGUUGAAAUGAUAUAUCCAUGAAAGAGGAAAACUUAAGGAAAACAUCUUACCAGUGCAAGUAAAAGUUGUAAAGUUAGUUUAUAGAGUUGAUAAUAUUUAAAAAACACUUAAAAAUCUAAACUCAUAUAGUCAUGUUUACAGCUAUUAAUUCUAAAACAUAUUUAUAUUGCAUAUUAUCUAUAUGUUUAUAUUAAUUUAAAAUAAAAGCUUAAUAAUUACUAUUAAACUAAGCUGGCUUGUGUAAUGGAUUAAGGGUAUAAUAAUUAUAUAUAAAAAAAAUAAAAAUCAUAUCUAAAAUUAAAAUGAUUUUAUCUUUAAAAAUGUUUUACUAUGUAGCGUCCUUUAAUUUGGAGUAAGAGAAACUGGAGGAGUGGCUUUAUUGCAUCAGAGAUGUGUCACUUUGCUUGAAGCUGAUUGGUCAAAUUUCGGUUUGAGAUUUCGAAUCUGCGAAUCAGCCAAUCAGCACUUCGAAUGCUCGCAAGAGGACCAAUCAGGAUCAACAUUCUUUGGCAUGUCACCAGACUGCUCCUUAACAGCAGGAAAGAUUAAAGGUGCUGUAUGUAGGGUUUUGACUCUACUAAAGCAUAAAAAUACCAUAAUAUGUUUGCAGAUAUUUAAGGAACAUGCUAAGUUAACAUACUUGUUUAUCUGAAAAACAAUGCUACAGUCAGUUAUUCUCCUUUGAAAAUGUGCAUUCCGGCCCGGAAUGUCUGUGUUUGUUAUGGUUUGUGAAACCCGCCCACUGCCAGUUUACCCAAUUGUAUAUCGGCACCCCGGGUUGCCAGUUGGCGGAAAACACAGCGUAUUUAAUUGUAUUCAUCAUCAUGUGCGCUCGUUCCUGUUGAUGUCGUUAAUCUGGCAACCUGCAUGUGCGUCAAGUCUGAGGAGGAGGGGGAGGGUCAAAAUAACCGUCUCCAAUAUUUUGAAUUUGGACUGCAAUACCUAGUUAAACCACUUGGUGUCAAUCCUACAUACAGCACCUUUAAACAACAAUAAUUAUGUGUCUGCAUAAUCAAUAAGUGCUAUUCACCUUUAUUCCACAAAGUGGCACUGUUUAAAACAUGAUGUGAUUUUUCACUCAUUAUGAUGCUGAAAACAAUAGUUUUGAGAAUAUAUUGAGAUCCUGAAUAUGAGCCAAAUGCUGAAUGUAUACUGUGAAAUGCGCUCUGACGAUGGCAGUGAUAGUAAAAUCUGCUCAAAUCGAACCCUUCUAAGUUUCAAAAGGUAAGGAAGUAUGCUUAUUUUAUUCUUUUUAUUAUUAUUAUUUUAUGUUCUUAAAAUAUCAGGAGAGUCUGCUAUUGCAGCAAUUAGAGAUCCAUCCGUGCUGGAUGAGUCUGGGUCACUAAAGACCCGGAUAUGUAAUGAUUGGCAAAAUAUUCAUGCAGUUUAAACUCUUAAAAUAUCUUACAUUUUAAAACAUUAAGCCUUAAAUAUCAAAUAGUCAACAAUUUAAAUGAUGGGUUCUUAAUUACAACAAUAAACGUCAGCAUGUUAUCUCGGCCAUACUGAUCUAAAGUGAAAGCCAUUUUCCCUGUGCUGCUUUUUGUGGAAUAAAGUCCUGGUCAGAUGGAUUAGAGUAACAUUAGCUUCCUUAACUGUUCCCUCAAUAAUGUGUUUAAUUACCCACUAUAAUCCAGAUAAAAUUAACAUUAGCACUGGAUAAAAUAUUUAGUAUUGCCCUUCGUGCCUAACUUAACCUAGAAAAAAUGAUUUAUCCUAAAAUAUGAAAUAAAUGUGAUAAAUAAAGCAUUAAAUUUACCUUUCUCAUACACG